CCAGGUCACCGCGAAUGCAAAUUGAGACGUGGACUUCUGGCGUGUUGGUAUAUAAAACACAGGCAAGCCCGGGCACGACUUUUCACCGCCGCGCGAUGUCCGAAACGCGUGGUACCGUGUGGCUUUCGGUGGUUCUGCUAUUGGUACUUGUUGAUCAUAAGCGAUGGCAGGUGACGGCUAGGGCACCAUUAACGGAUAAUGUUGCAGAAGCCUUAAUAGAUACGAGUGGAGAUUUUCCAACCUAUCAAGUACGAGAUAUCGAACCCGAAGAUGCGGAUGUAUCAUUUUUUAAGGGCCUCACUGAGAUCAAACAACUUACUAAUGUUUCUUUAGACGACGAAAAACCACAAUCGAGAGUACUAUACACGGGUUGGCAGACAUGGAGAGUAUACCUGAGUAAAGACAGUCAAAUGGAUAUAAUCUCACAGAUGAAAGACCAAGGAGCUGUCGACACAUGGGGAGGAAACAAGAGCGCAAUCGAUAUCGCUGUACGACCAGCAGCUAUCGAAGAGGUCAGUGCAAUGCUAGCACGGAAUAAUAUCAAACACGAAGUGAUGCUGGACGAUGUACAAAGGGCAAUCAAUGAAGAAAAUCCAACAAGCGAUGAUGACACCAAUGACCGAAAAGGACAUCGCCUUACUUGGCAAGCCUAUCACAAAACAGCUGUCAUUUAUGGAUAUUUGGAACAUCUGACUACAACGUAUCCAAACUUGUGCAGUGUUAAGACCAUAGGAAUGUCGGUUCAAAACAGACCUAUCAAGCUACUGAAGAUAUCAAACGGAAAACCAGGCAACAAGGCCGUAUGGGUUGACGGUGGUAUCCACGCUAGAGAAUGGAUCACCCCGGCCACAGUCACUUACAUCAUCAACCACAUUGUAUCGAAUUUCGAAAAUGAGCCCAAAUACAUCCAGGACACAGAUUGGUACAUCACACCGGUUGCGAAUCCCGACGGUUACGAGUUUACGCAUUCUACUGAUAGAUUGUGGAGGAAAAAUAGGGCUAGGUCGGGAGGACAGUGCGCUGGAACGGACCUCAAUAGGAAUUUCGGAUAUAAAUGGGGAGGAAAAGGAUCAUCAAAAAAUCCGUGUACGCAAAUAUAUGCAGGAACAGGACCAUUUUCCGAACCAGAAACUGCCGCUAUUCAACGAUUUAUUCAAGGUACAAAAGUGCCAUGGAAAGCCUAUGUCUCCUUCCAUUCAUACGGUCAAUACAUCCUGUACCCGUGGGGCUAUGAGAACGCCGUGCCUACAGAUCACCGCGACCUAGAGGCAGUGGGGCGGCGCGCCGCAGCCGCCAUAACAGCCGCAGGGGGGCCGAGGUACACAGUGGGGCCAGCGGGAUCGACGCUCUACCCUGCAGCCGGAGGGUCCGACGAUUGGGCUAAAGGAGUCGCAGGGUUCAAGUAUUCAUAUACAAUUGAGCUCAGGGAUACCGGCAGAUUUGGAUUUGUGCUCCCAGCAAGUUACAUCCAACCCACAGCAGAAGAAGCAUUAGCUGCACUACGUGUGAUAGUAGAGGCGGCCCAAAAAGCCUAAAAUGUGUUCAAAAUGCAUGUAUUUGAAGAGACUUGUAGGUCAACUAAUAAAUAUUUAUACCUAAUUUAAGAUUACAAAUAUUUAUUAAAUUAUAUUUUUUUAAAUAAAUGUUUCCAUUUUACUA